AUAGAUCCCAGCGCUGACGGAUGGCGUGCGGGGUCGGGCGCCGACUCCGGUAUUUGAGAUGCUCCGGGAUGACGAGGUGGGUGCCAGAAAUACCCAGGGUCGGGAGCGGCUCGUCGCAAGUCUUGGAGUUGGGCCUUCUCGCGGCAACCAUGGGAAGCAGAAGAUGGGGCUUCCCAAGCACCGGGGGAAUCCCUUCUGGUACCUGUCCUGGAUGACGUCCCGCCCCAGAGAACCUCUUCUUUAAGCCCCGCAGGGUCGCUGUUGUGUGCGUAUGUUGGGUUGGAAACGCGAUAGAUCGGACGCCACCUAGGAGUAGGGGCGCUAGGUACUGAGGGUUUAGUUAGAGGAGCCAAGUCAUUCUGGAGCUGAAACUGGGCAGUUGAUCCGAGAUGGGAAUUCAACGAGAGUGAUGAGUCAAAAGAGGAUUCUGUCCUUGGAAAAAAUGAGGAGAGUAUUGAUAUCAGUGAAGUUAUAAAUUUUUUGAAGUACUGACGAUAUAGCUGCCUACCAGAUUUCAAGUUCUCAAGACACUUCAAAGGGUAGAAGAAAAUAUCAAAUGACCAGAAAAAAUUGUGGCCAUAUUCUGUCAAAGGUGAUUGGGAAAACAAGAAUAAUACUAGGUCAUAUGCCUGCUUUUGUCAUGUCUGUAAAAUCUUUAUAAUAAUGAUCCAUACAUAUUUUAUGCUUUCCUUACUUCCAGUUGGGAGAAAAGAAGAGAGAGAGGAAGACAAACAACAACAAAUAAAAAAGGUUGGGAGAAAGAAGACAAAAAGAAUAUCAGGAGGAAUCACGAUCAGGACUGUUUUGAAGAAUAUAUUAUAAACAAAUUACAUAUUUUAAAAAAGAAUAGAAGUUCUACAUAAUAGAUGAGAGUACUCAAAUCUAUAGUAUAUAUAUUUAAGAAAUGGAUUGGGACCAACUAGAAUUGAAUCCUAAAGUUAUUACUGCUGUUAAGAAAGCCAAACUGAAAUCAAUAAAGGAAGUUUUGCACCUUUCUGGACCAGAUUUGCAGAGACUAACAAAACUGUCCAUCAUUGAUGUCCAGCAUUUAUUGAAAACAGUCUCAUUAGCACUAAGGAAUAAUUGUGUUCUGACAGCACUUCAGAUAUAUCAACAGAAAGAGGAAUUUCCAGUACAGCAUAAGAAACUCGGCUUUGGCUGCUCAAUACUUAAUAGACUUUUAAGAGGUGGUCUCCCCCUGGUGGGAAUUUCAGAGCUUGUUGGACAGAGUUCGGCUGGGAAGACUCAGAUUGGCCUUCAGCUCUCCCUCUGUGUGCAAUACCCUUAUGAGUAUGGAGGACUAGAGUCAGGUGUGAUCUAUAUUUGUACAGAGGAUGUUUUCCCAGAUAAGCGCUUACAGCAGCUAAUAGCUCUACAGCAUCAAUUGAGGACAGAUGUUCCAGGGGAGAUCAUCAAGAAAAUUAAAUUUGGCAACUCUAUCUUCAUUGAACAUGUAGCAGACAUAGACACGUUGUUUGAGUGCAUUGCUAAGAGAGCUCCCAUCUUGUUAUCUCGGGGAAUGGUCCGCUUGAUCAUCAUUGACUCCAUUGCUGCUCUGUUUCGCUGUGAAUUUGGUAUCCAGCAGUCCAUCACAAAAGCCAAAUAUUUACAAACCCUCGGGGCAAAAUUGUACCAAUUAAGCAGUGGAUUCCAAAGCCCAGUAUUGUGCAUUAAUCAGAUAACAAGUACAGUGGAUGAAAGAGGCCUUGCUGGAACUAAUAUGGAUGUACUUGAAAAAGUUUCUCCAGCCCUUGGAAUAACCUGGUCCAAUCAACUACUAAUGAGGCUGAUGGUCAGUCGCCCAUCCUAUGAGUUUUCCAGAGAUACAGAUGCUUCAACUACUGGAACUGUUAUUAGGACAUUGAGUGUUAUUUUUGCACCACAUCUGCCCCAGUCCUGUUGUCACUACAUAGUCAAUGCAGAGGGUGUAAAAGGAAUAGAGUAAGGUGCGAUUAAAUCAUUUUGAAAGCAUGGGAGAAAUACUUUCAGUGAAAACUUUUAUUAAUCCACAGUUUGUUUAUAUGCCUUUGUGUAUUACUACUAAGCUCUGUUUUCAGUUAAAAUAAUAAUACUGAAUAAUUUAAUGUCAUUCUCUUAGUUUCAUGGGUUAGUCAAGAGAGGAUUAAAUUUUUGUGGACUUUUUAAAAUUUUCAUUUUUAUGGAAUGUUUUUAUGUUAAUUUACUUCUUUCAUUGACUGACUGUAUCCUUGCUGUGAACUAAAAUUGGCACUCUGACCUUUGGAGGACUGAGAACUAUCAAGGCAAAGGUCACUUGAGAGAUAUAGCAACAUAUGAGGAAAGAAAUCUGUCAAAAUGCACAAAACAAAAAUUAUGAUUUUAGUCUUCCCUCACCCCCAUCUUUAAACUAGAGCUUAAUAGUAAAGAAUUUUCUAGUGGCUCUGAAUUGCUUUUAAGGAUCAAAUAUAUUUAUUUAGCAUUCAAAACAUUUUAACUUUAUGGAUUGAUUUCAUAUUACUUCCUCAUUCUAUCUUCUAGGCAAAAUGGCCCAAAUGUUAUCUCCCUGCCAAUAAUACUUCUACUUUGGUGCCUUAGUCCAAGCUAUCCCCAUGUUCUUCCUCCUUACUGAAUUCUUAAACUCCUUUUUCAAGGGCCCUAUUAGGUCCCAUUUUAAGCAAGUCUUUUUUCCUGCCCCCUCCUCUCUAUCCUCCAAUGAUUAGUGCUUUUCUUCAGUCCUGUAGAUUUCCCUAUACUUGUUAAAGUUCCAUCCCUCUCCUUCUCCUCCUGUCUUUGAGGACAGGUACUCUUCAGUUCUUUUACCUUUGUAUCCCUGCCCCUAUGCCUUGUACUGUAGGUGCUUAAUAAAUGUUUGUUGAAUGGAAGUUGAGAUGUGCUCUAAAGACUCUUGUUAUCUACAUUAAUUCUUGCCACUCUAAUGGGAAAUGAAAACUGCCCAUUCAGCCUCCCUCAAAACCCCUGCCCUCUUCUGUUUCAGUGACUAAAUAUUUGAACUAAUGAAGAGUGAAGUAAGCUGAGCUAGGAAAACAAUAUAUAUGAUGACAGUAACACUGAAAAUGAACAACAAAAACAUUGUAUGUUAUAAGGAUGAAAGCUGGCCUAGGGAAGAAAUGAGACAAUAACUCCCUGAGGUACGAGGGUAAACUAUGGAUGUAGAUACUAUUGACUUGUUUAAAUUCUUCAUUCAUUCUUACAGAGGAUAGUUUGCCGAGUAGAGAAGCAAAAAAGGAAUGUAGUCGGAAGUGAAAGUGGUACAAAACCAAAAGAUAUUAUCGAUUUCUAAAAUAUUAAAAGUAAAAAAAUAUCAAGUGACUGAUAAUUUAGGUUCUAAGUAUUAAUAUCAGCUGGAAUACAUGCUAAGCAAUUAUCAUUCUGACACAUCUUCUGGCAAAGCAGACAGUUGUACAUCAGCAUGAAACUCUGCUCUAAGAGAUUUCAAAGUCUUUCCAGAUGUCAGCAGCUGUUCUUCCUUUGAACUCUUGGUGAAACAUUUCUCCUACCUACAUCAAGUUCCUUCAGGAUGUAUCUAGGAUUUUGAAGAAAUGCUAAAAAAUAUUUUUGGAUGAAAUAAGUCAAUCUGCCAUUGAAUAGUGAAAUACUUUUUGAAUGAUUAAUCAAAAGAAAGUUAAACAAAAAUAAAAAUCACUAGAUUCAGACUUGAAGGUUCUUUUUUUUACUUCAUAUUCUUCUUGUCCUAGAACAGUUUUCCUAGUCCCAGCAGCCAAAUCAACAGGACAAAUUGGUCUCAUACUUUUAAUUAUAAAAUGGCAUUAUCUAGAGACUUUCCAGUUAUAAUUCAUCUUAUGAUUGACAAUUAUGGGGAAGACCAGUUAGUGCAGCUUAAGACCCAAGGGUAAACAGGGGGAUCUUGGUUUCAAAUAAUGUAAGAUUUUCCAAAAUAUAACAGCUGGCAAUUUGGCAGACAGAUCUUUCAAUAAGUAAUUAAAGAUUACAUGUCAAUACAUGCUGCAGAAAAAAGUGACCCAAACUG